GAAAAAUAAUCAAACUUUUAAAAAGAAAAACAAAACAGAGACUGAAAACAAUCAUUGCAGCAUUAAUAUUCUGAAACAAUAUGAUGAGCACCAUAGCAUAGUCAUCCAUAGAUGUCUAUGCUAUGGUGAGCACAACAGAGAUGGCAAGCGGAAAGAAACACUCAGUCUGGACGAAAGGGGAUGAGCAGGCGCUCAUAAUAAAAUGGGAAGAACGAGCGAAUGAUUUGCGGAGGGUGAAAAGAAAUGCCCACAUUUAUAAUAACAUUGCUAUCGAAAUGGGAAGCAAAUACAGCGCGAAGGAAGUUUAUAUAAAAAUAAAAAAGUUGUCGAAGAAAUACAGAGAAGAGAAAGAAAAAAGGCGUCGAUCAGCCGGAAACCAUUCAACUUGGAGACACUUUUCCGCUGUGCACCGCAUUGUGGGCAAUACUGCGAUGAACACUGCCCCCACUAGUGAAUCAUUUUCAAUGAAUUCAAGCCAGCUGACAUCACCUUCACCUUCUUCACUGCCGUCACCAUCACCGACAGUAAUUGCUCCGCUGUCGCCAAUUAUGCCUCUAUUGGAGGUUCCAGUAUCACCCGUACAUACUGUACUGACAACACCGCUAGCUGCAGUUACAGAACCAUCGUCCGCAAUUAAAAAGGUGGAAAAAAAUGGUUCAAUUGAAGCUAUAAUGAUGCAGCAAACAAAAUUGUUAGAGAAUAUCUUGGAGGGAACGAGAGUCCUAACAAACCAAAUUGAUUCUGCUGUGGAGCAAAACAAUUAUGCAUCAGAGAGGAUAAUUUCUCUGAUGGAGAAAUUAAUUGAUAAGAUCUAAUUUUUAAUUUUUUUAUGAAUUCUAUGAAUUUUUUUUCAGUGUGUGUUAGGUUAAUGUUUUAAGUUCUUUUACAAAGAUCUCAAAUUACGAAGUAGUAUUUAUUAUUUUGUAAUAUAAUAUUAUGAAUUAAAAUAUACUGCUAUUAAUAAGGAA